AUGCUUCCUUAUCUGGGUAGAAAAUGGACGAGAUUGUCAACGAAGAAUCUAAAACAGACCUGGAAAUUGGUCAACGGAGACGCAAUUAGCAGUAGAAGAAGUCCUGUGAGAGGAUUAAGCGGUGGAGCGGAACCGAUAGCUAAAGAGAGAGUUGACACAGUCGUGAUCGGUGCCGGAGUCGUGGGUUUAGCGGUGGCGCGUGAGAUCAGUCGCAGAGGAAGAGAAGUUCUGAUACUCGACGCCGCCUCAACGUUUGGUACCGUGACGAGCUCCCGCAACAGUGAGGUCGUCCACGCCGGAAUCUAUUAUCCACCAAACUCUCUAAAGGCUAAGUUUUGUGUAAGAGGAAGGGAAUUGCUGUAUAGUUAUUGCUCUGAACAUGAAAUCCCUCACAGGAAGAUUGGUAAGCUUAUCGUUGCCACGGGAUCCUCUGAGAUACCAAAGCUUGAUCUACUGAUGCAUCUUGGAACUCAGAAUGGAGUCUCGGGUCUAAGGAUGUUGGAAGGUUUUGAAGCAAUGAGAAUGGAACCGCAGCUUCGAUGUGUUAAAGCAUUGUUAUCUCCUGAAUCUGGGAUUCUUGAUACACAUUCCUUCAUGCUAUCUUUAGUGGGAGAAGCAGAGAACAGACAGGCUAUCUUCUCAUACAACACGGUGGUCUUAAGUGGUUUUGUUGAAGGGAAGAAGUUGCAUUUGGUUGUUGCUGAAACUGGAUCCCUUGAAUCACGGUUUGAGCUGAUCCCCAAUCUUGUUGUUAACGCUGCGGGUUUAGGUGCUCAAGCUCUAGCAAAGAGAUUCCAUGGCUUAGAUCAUCGAUUCAUUCCAUCGUCUCACUAUGCUCGUGGAUGCUACUUUACGCUAUUGGGCACAAAGUCUCCGCCGUUCAACAAACUUGUGUAUCCUAUACCUGAGGAAGGAGGUCUCGGUGUCCAUGUCACUGUAGAUUUGAACGGACUUGUCAAGUUUGGUCCCGAUGUAGAAUGGAUUGAAUGCACAGACGAUAAUUCAAGCUUCCUCAACAAAUUUGAUUAUCGUGUAAAUCCACAACGAGCGGAGAAAUUCUACCCAGAGAUCAGAAAGUACUAUCCGGAUCUCAAAGACGGAUCGUUGGAACCUGGUUAUUCAGGCAUCCGCCCCAAGCUUUCCGGACCAAAACAGCCUCCUGCAGAUUUUGUCAUACAGGGAGAGGAGACUCAUGGGGUUCCUGGUCUUGUGAGUCUCUUUGGCAUUGAAUCACCUGGUUUAACUUCAAGCUUAGCUAUUGCGGAACAUAUAGCAAACAAGUUCUUGAGAUGA